ACCAACCGGCUCCUAAACUCUCCACUUUGUCAACUACUUUCAAUUUCCAUUGAUACAACGCACCUUCCCUCAGCCGCUCUCUCAACGACCAUGGUUCGCGCCAACCGACCCGCCAGUGCCUUCACCAACGCUCAAAUCUCGGGCUUCUACUUUCGGCCGUGCCGCGACGAGUACGACGAGGUGGUUUUCGAGUACUUCCGGUGUCGUUGCGGCACGGUCCGCAAGCAAACCAACCGCAACGGGUUUACUAACCUUAUGCAGCACAUACUUAGGCAGCACCCGGACCGCGAGGCCGUCAAAAUUCAUCAAGGAGCCCGUGUCGGCCGUUGA